ACUCCGAGCUCUGUAUCACUAUCUAUUACACACGUUAGCCUUAAUACACAACAUCAAAACUAAGUCAUUCAUGGCUCCUCCAACUCUUUUAACGCUUUCAACUGUGCUCCUUUUUCUCUCCCCGACCAUUUUUGCUUACAGUACAAAUGACGUAAAAUCAUGGUGCAGCAAAACACCAAACCCUCAGCCAUGUGAAUACUUUUUGUCUCAUAACCCUGAUCACAGUCCUAUCCAUAAUGAGUCCGAUUUUUUCAAAAUUUCCAUGAAACUUGCUUUAGAACGCGCCAAGAAUGCUGAAUCACACACGUACAAUCUCGGCUCUAAGUGCCGAAACAAGCUUGAAAAGGUUGCGUGGGACGACUGUCUUAAGUUGUACGAGUUAACAACCCUCAAGCUCAACAAAACCAUAGACCCAAGCACCAAGUGCACCCAAGAUGAUCAACAAACAUGGCUCAGCACGGCUCUAACCAACUUAGAGACAUGCCGAGCCGGUUUCAUUGAACUUGGGGUGGCCGAUUAUCUUUUACCCUUGAUGUCAAAUAAUGUGUCAAAGUUAAUUAGUAACACCUUGUUUCUCAACAAAGUUCCAUACAGUCAGCCUGGCUACAAAAAUGGGUUCCCAAAAUGGGUCAAGCCCGGUGACCGGAAGCUAUUGCAGACUACAUCAACGGCUUCUCAGGCAAAUAUCGUGGUGGCCAACGAUGGUUCUGGGAACUAUAAGACGAUAAAUGAGGCCAUAACCGCAGCUUCAUCCCGUUCAGGUAGUGGGAGAUAUGUGAUUUACAUAAAGGCAGGAACAUAUAACGAGAACAUAGAGGUUGGAAGCAAAUUGACAAAUAUUAUGUUCGUGGGAGAUGGCAUUGGCAAGACUAUCAUUACCGGGAGCAAAAGUGUUGGAGGAGGAGCUUCGACCUUCAAUUCAGCAACUGUUGCUGUAGUAGGAGACGGGUUCAUUGGUAGAGACAUAACAUUCCGCAACACUGCUGGUCCACAAAAUCACCAAGCGGUUGCUUUACGUUCUGGUUCAGAUCUGUCUGUGUUCUACAGGUGCAGUUUUGUAGGAUAUCAAGACACUCUCUACGUUCAUUCAGAGAGACAAUUCUACAGAGAUUGUGACAUUUAUGGAACUGUUGAUUUUAUCUUUGGGAAUGCUGCCGUUGUCUUCCAAAACUGCAACAUUUAUCCUCGUAAUCCUCCCAACAAAACCAACACUAUUACAGCCCAAGGGAGGACUGAUCCUAACCAAAACACUGGAAUCAUUAUACAAAACAGCGUCGUUACCCCUGCUUCUGAUUUGAAGCCAGUGGAAAGCUCCGUUAAAACAUAUCUUGGAAGGCCAUGGAAAGAAUAUUCGAGAACUGUUUUCAUGACAACAAAUCUCGGUAGCUUAAUUAACCCAGCUGGGUGGAUGGAGUGGGAUGGUAACUUUGCUCUCAGCACUUUGUAUUAUGCAGAGUACCGGAACACCGGCUCUGGUUCAUCCACUGCAAAUAGGGUCAAGUGGGCUGGCUAUCAUGUCCUUACUAGCGCCUCCCAAGUUAACCAGUUCACCGUCGGGAAUUUUCUUGCCGGAAAUUCUUGGUUGCCGGCCACCAGCGUGCCUUUCACUUCCGCUCUCUGAUUUGAUUUCCUUGUUGAACAGUUAAAAUUACUUGUUUAAUUAGUUAAAAAAGAUUAAUAAGGUAGUCAACAACUAGUCAACUACCAUCGAAAUUGGAAUUGUAAUGCUUCUCUUCAUUGGUUUGUCAAAUUCUUUGUGGAAUUAAUGAAAUAUUCAAUACUAAAUGCUAUUGUUUUCUUCUCUU